UUUCGAUUUAUAAAAAUAAUCCUUAAUCCACGUCGAUAAAUACAUGUUCCCCAAAUUUUUGUUUCAACUUCGUAUUGAAUAAUCAUAAAAGUGAACCCGUUUUACAAAGCCGUCCAGUAAACAGUUCGGAGUUUUGACUGGAGAUCGAAUUUCCGGUGCCGGUGAUCGUAUGCAUAGCAUCACACUAUCUAAAACCUCAGAUUUUUGCAAUUGAAUUAGGUUUUGUUACGGCGCCAUGGGUGAAAUUGAUCGAGAUUUCAGCAACAAACCGGAGGAUCAUAAGAAGACGGUGGAAAUCUUCCUGAAAAUUAUCGGUCCUUCUCCGCCUUGUCGCCUUAAUGUCCCAUCUUCUGUUAAGGUACAUGAAUUGAGAAAGAUGAUUGCUGGGAAUCGACAUAUGCCUAUUGAAAAUUUAAGACUUGUAUUACGAGGACAUGUAUUGCAUGACAAUGAAAAUGGAGAUGACAUAGCAAUCCAACUCAACAACGGAGAUUCUCUGAUAGUUGCUGUCAAACCAAAGCCACCCCCUAAACAUUUUCGGGAUGAAUUUGAGGAUGACGAUGAUGAUGAACUGAGGUUUCAGUUACCCCCAUCAACUAGUAGGUGGAAGAGGAAGAUUUUUUAUAUACUACGUGAUAAACUGAAACUUCCAGAUAUGCUUUUGAUGGUAAUUUUCUCCAUCAGUCCAAAGGUUUGGGUUAUUAUCUUGACUUGGUUUAUUCUGGCAUCUAUUGCGCGAAGAUAUGAAGUUGCACCUUUAUUUUUAUUGGCAACUGGGUUUGGCCUUAUUUUUUAUAAUCUUGGACACCGGCAGCAGGGAGAACUUAGUGCGUAUUCUGUAUUCAAUGAAGAUUUUCGAGAACUUCCAGGAACCCUUAAUGCAGAUCACAUUGACAGAGAUAUUCGGGCAGGCCGAUUUUGAGUCAGACGUUCAACAUUCAAAUGGAAAAACUAUCUUAUCCUUUGCCACCUUGCAUCAAAUUCAUUGUGUACCAUGUUGAAUAUUUUGCUGUAGAAUUAAAAGUAACUUCGCCUCCAUGUAGAUGAAAAUGUUCAUUUCUUGCCUCGCGUGCUUCACCAAAAUGGUGUUGAUCGUACAUGUGAAAGUUAAAUGAACUCUUUGACAUCGACGAACUAGCACCAUAUUUGGUGUUCUGCUUAUAGGGUGACUAAGGUCCAGAUAUGUUUUUACCUGUAUAGUGUGAAACAGAAGUCUCUCGAGUAAAUCUUAUGUUUUAAGCCUCAUUUUCGGGUAUUGAAGUGUUUUGAGUUGUGCUUCCAUAUAGGAGAAAAAUUCAUGUAAAACUAAUAUGACAUGGAUAACUGGGGACUUAUUUUUCGUGGUCUUCUA